GUUUGGCUAAAACUGUAGAGGAGCAAAUAUUUUACUUUUGUUUUCUGUCAAAGCAGCAGAGCAGUUUCUAUUAGAGGUAUAAACUAUCUGCAAAGAAAUGGCCGAAUCUGCAGCGUGUCAGUAUGAGGAUCAGUUCAUCUGUUCAGUCUGUUUGGAUCGGCUGAAGGAGCCGGUGACGAUUCCCUGUGGACACAGUUACUGUAUGAGCUGCAUUACUGACUGCUGGGAGCAGAAGGAGCAGGAGCCGCCGUACCGCUGUCCCCAAUGCAGAGAGAGCUUCAGUCAGAGACCUCUACUGAAGAAGAACACUCUGAUAGCAGAGAUGAUGGAGACGCUGCAGAAGACGUCUCUACAAACGGCUGCUGUGGAGUGUGAUGUUUGCACUACAGAGAAGAACAGAGCUGUAAAGUCCUGUCUGCAGUGCUUGGCCUCCUUCUGUCAAACUCACCUGCAGCCUCACUAUCAAUCUCCUGCGUUUAUGAAGCACAAACUAGUCGAAGCCUCCAGAUUCAUUCAGGAGAACGUCUGCCUCAGUCAUGGGAAACCUCUGGAGAUUUACUGUCAGGAUGACCGUCAAUGCAUUUGUUGUUUGUGUAUGACUGACAAUCAUAAAAACCACAAUGUUGUAUCUAUGGAUUCAGAAUGGACUAGUAAAAAGGAAGAGUUAAAAGAGAUCAAGGUGGCGUGUCAAAAGCUGAUCGAGGAACGUGAGAGAGGUCAGCAGGAACUCAGUGAAGCUGUGAAGCUCCUUAAAAGUUCAGCACAAGAGGCCGUGGAGAACAGUGAGAAGGUGUUCACUGAGCUCAUCUGCUCUCUGGAGAAGAAACGCUCUGAGAUUAAAGAGCAGAUCAGAGCUCAGGAGAAGACUGAGAUAGAUCGAGCAGAGGAGCUUCACAAACAUCUGGAUCGAGAGCUGACAGAACUCAGAAAAAGACAAACAGAGAUUGAGAAACUUCUGAUUACUGAUGAUCAGAUCUAUUGUCUGAAGAGCUGUCAGUCUGCGUGUGUUUUACCCACAUUUGAAGAUGUUCCCAGCUUCACUCAACACAUUCAUCUGUCUUUUAAAGACAUUUCAAUCUCAGCAUUCAGAGAGGUUUUGGAGGACGUCUGUCAACAGCAAUCAGCCAGAAUAUCUCAAGACGUGUCUUCUUUAGGGUCUCCAGAACCUAAAACUCCAAAGGAUUUUUCGCAGUAUUUCUGUGACAUUCGCCUGGAUCCAAACACUGCACACAAAUGCCUCAUCCUGACAGAAAAGGACAGAAAAGCUUCAUUUUCAUAUGAAGUCCAGAGAUCAUAUGAUCAUCCAGAGCAAUUUGACUGUUUUCCUAAUGUCAUGUGUAGAGAGGGUUUGUACGGCCGCUGUUACUGGGAGGUUGAGUGCAGUGGGAACGACUGGUCUGUAGCAGUUUCCUACAGAGGAAUUGGUCGUAAAGGACAAAGUAAUGACUGCAGACUUGGGUUUAAUAACAAGUCCUGGAGACUGACCCACUGUCGCCAGGUAUUCUAUGUCAGACAUGAUGAUAAACAAGUCCAUCUCUCUCCUUUCCAUUCCUCUAGAAUAGGAGUGUAUCUGGAUCACAGAGCAGGAACUCUGUCCUUCUACAGCGUCUCUGACACAAUGACUCUUCUUUACACAUUCCAGACCACUUUCACUGAACCCCUCUACCCCGCAUUUGGGAUUGGAGAAAGAUUUAUCAGGAUCAUAGAGCAGAGGAGAAUUCUCAAAUCCCACAAAUAAAAGACAAGCAAAAUUUCCUAAACUCACUAUGUUCUUGUGUACUCUGUACGAUUAAACCCAAGACUGCAGUUCAUCAUUAAGACAAAUGGUGUCAACUUUAGCUUGUCAAUUCGUUUUCAUUUUUGUGUGAACUGAUUCUCAAAGUAAAGCCUUCUGCUGUGACUUUGCUAUUGUGGUUCUGAAUCAUGAUUUUCUAUUUAUUUAUUUUUUUUGUUUGUUGGUGAGGGUUUAUAUAAACAAAUAUAACCUCUGUGUAUUGUCUUUAUAUGUUUGUAUUAUACCCUGCAUGAGCAUAUUAUUAGGGCAUGUAAAUGCGUUCUUCACAUUUGCAUUCUGCCUUCUUAUGGGAAGCAAUUAUAGCAUAUACAGUAUAAUGAAUAUGGUAUGUUAUUUUACAGUGUUUUCACUGUUUUCUUGAAUGAGAUGCAUAUAUAGAGCUUACCUGGAUGUCAUUUUGUGGCAAUUUUGUUUUCCCUGCAUAUUGCUUUAUAUGUAUUAAAUGGGCAUGCAAAUGUGAAUUGUUCUGUUUACAUGCAACACAUUGCUAUAAAAAUAAAAGUAUUGUA